ACCCGAUGCACCGUAGGCCAUCACCAAUUCACCAUUCCCCAAUUACUUCCACAACAGAAGCAAACAAGCAUUCACGACAACAAUGGCAGCUCUUGCGACCACGGCCGUCGCCAUUGCCAUCCUCGCGCUUGCGGCCGUCACCGGCGUAGCUCUGGGAACGGCAGCCAAGGGGCCGGUGAUCUACAUUUUCGGUGACUCGAUGUCUGACGUCGGGAACAACAACUACCUGCUCCUCUCCGUCGCCAAGUGCGACUACCCCUGGUACGGCAUUGACUACGAGGGCGGGUACCCCACCGGGAGGUUCACCAAUGGCAGGACCAUCGGAGACAUCAUGGCUGCCAAGUUCGGCGUCCCGCCGCCGCCGCCGUUCCUCUCCCUGUACAUGACCGACGACGAGGUCCUCGGCGGUGUGAACUUCGCGUCCGGCGGUGCAGGGCUUCUCAACGAGACCGGCAUUUACUUCGUUGAGUACCUGUCGUUCGACAACCAGAUAUCGUACUUCGAGCAGACCAAGAACGCGAUGAUCGACAAGAUCGGCAAGAAGGCCGCCGAGGAGGUGGUCCAUGGCGCAAUCUUCCAAAUCGGACUUGGGAGCAACGACUACGUGAACAACUUUUUGCGUCCGUUCAUGGCGGACGGCAUCGUGUACACCCACGACGAGUUCAUCGACCUCCUCAUGGACACCAUCGACCAGCAGCUCACGAGGCUGUACAAUCUCGGGGCGCGGAAAGUGUGGUUCACGGGCCUUGCCCCGCUCGGCUGCAUCCCGUCGCAGCGCGUCCUCUCGGACAGCGGCGAGUGCCUAGAAGACGUGAACGCGUACGCCCUUCAGUUCAACGCCGCGGCCAAAGACCUGCUAGUCCGCCUCAACGCCAAGCUCCCUGGCGCGCGCAUGUCGCUGGCCGACUGCUACUCCGUCGUCAUGGAGCUCAUCGAGCACCCCAAGAAAUACGGGUUCACGACGUCGCACACGUCGUGCUGCGACGUGGACACGUCGGUGGGGGGCCUGUGCCUGCCGACGGCGGACGUGUGCGCCGACCGCGCCGAGUUCGUGUUCUGGGACGCGUACCACACCUCCGACGCCGCCAACCAGGUCAUCGCCGCCCGCCUCUACGCCGACAUGGUCAGCGCCGACGCCGGCGUGCAGGCCAGCGGUAAUAACACGACCGCCGGCUCUGCCACGCCUCCCGUCGUUCGGUCGCCGCCCCACGCCGCGCGGCCAAUUCCCCGGCCUGUGCGUGGGAGCGGCAACGGCACCGCCUCUUCUGCGCCUGGCGUCGUAAGAUCACCCCGUGCUGCGCGCACGCCUCCUCGGCCCAUGCGUGGCAGCAACGGCACGGCCACAUCCGCGCCUCGCGUCGUCCGGUCACCACCCCAAGCAGCGCCGCCUCCCAAGGCUUGAACAACCGAUCGGUCGACCUUGUCCAUGACUCCCUGUGCGCCCAAUGUCGGCGCGCGCAUUUUCGUGUUUCAUUCCUCCCCAGUUCCCCACUAUACCAAACUUGAAUGCUUCCAACACUCGGAGAAGUUUACUCCUUUUUUUUUCCCCUUCCUGUACCCGGACAAUCUCGAUGGAGUCAUACUCCUUUUUCUUGAGUCUAUUUGAAUUCGACACCCAUUAAGAAUCCA